AUGAUUCACAACAGGGUAGAAAACCACCCAUCAUAUAUGAUAACAAGUACCUUCAACUCUCUGCAUGCCUCGCCUCAAGGCUUCCUACAGCCCUCAGAAGAAGAAAGAAAUGAUUCUUACAUAUCCACUGAAUACACAGGGAGAACUGAAGAGCCAGACCAAUCAGUCAACACACUGUCCAAUGACAGCGGUCUGAUUACUUCAAAUACUUAUUUAUAUCUAGAAAAUGAAGACUUAAAUGAGGAUAUCCCCAGCACUUUUUUCCAAGACCAUAAUAUACCUGAAAAUGUAAGUGUGGUAUUGCCUACAGAAAAAGAAAUCGAGCCUUCUAUACAAUAUUCAGAAGAGAAAAAAGAAGAGAUUGUAGAGAUAAAAACUGAAAAUAAAGAAGAAGAGCCAAUAGUUAACAUUAUACCUAUACAAGAACCUUUAGAAAUUAUUAGCCAAAACACUGAGCAGGAAAUUAAACAAGUGAAUAUUGAAGCCCCUUCUCCUACCAGAAUGAGCCAAUAUGUGCUCCGUGAAAAAAGCAGUGCUUUGCUGUCGGCAUUGCCUGUAUAUGAUUCACAUGGAUCGCUUCAUGUAUCAAAAGAGCUUGGAAAGAGAGAUGCAAAAAAAAUCAGGAAAAACCAGCCAUUGUCAAAUCAAGUAAAAAACAAAAAAAACAAAAGCGUAAAUAGGCUAAGAAAACUUCCAACAAUCCAAUCUGGCCCUUCAUCACCCAAGGUAAUGUGUGGAAGACGAUUUAGUCAAAAUUUGGGAGAUCAUGUAUCAAAAACUAAGCAGCUACAAAACAGCAAUUUAUUCCCUAUCUGGAAUAUCAAAGAAUCUAUAACUCAAAGCCACCAAAAACAAUGAUGAACAAAAAAUUAUUUCAAUAGGGCUCCAUAGAACAUUUUUCUUGUGUGACAUUUCCUUCAGUGCUUGCUUCAGAGCAAUUGUCUUAUGAGAAAAUGUUAUGACCAAAAAAUCCAAGGAAAUUUCACAGCAAGAAAAAUCCUAUCAAAAAGCAGGCAACGUUCAAUAGAUAUCAAAGCCAAGAAAACAAACCUAUUUCCAAUAAGCAUAUAAAUCUACAUGAAAAGACUUCAGAAGACGUCAAUGUCUAUGAAAAUCGCAUCAAAAAAAUAGUAAGCAAGCCUCCAAAAAUGCCAAACUUGUCAACUGGAGCUGAAAAAAAGAAAAAUGACUCUGUUUUAUUGACAAUGAUGUCUCCUUAUUUUAGCACAAAUCCAAAAAUGAGGUUAAGCGGAAAAGUCAUAAAAACUAUUGGCGACCUAAUUAAAGCUUCUCAAAAUACCAGACUGUCCACAAAAUCAAACCUAAGAUCAUUGAAGAAAAAUUUCACCCCAAGCAAUUUGUAA